AGUUCCUUCUUAGCGUUAAUUAAUUGAGCAAUAAGCCUAAUUCGACAACAACUAUACUGAGUACUUACGAAGUCUUCGGAGUCUGAGUUCCUUUAAAAUUAACGGUUUCCUGUUUGUUAAGUUUGAAGAUUGGUAAUAAAAAUAGUUUUAUCACCCAAAGGUUUAGUAGCUGGUCCGGUUCAGCUUAUUAGGGUCUUUUGUGCGGCGCAUGCGCGGCCGGAAGCGCAGGUUCCGACCGUUCGCGCCGCCCGUGACCGUCCGCUCUUUUGUACGAUAAUUACUACCUAGCUGUAACAACGUAUUUUAUCAGCGAGAUGACAGAAACAGUACGCAGUUAAUGAAAAUAAAAUUAUUUAUGCCUCUAAGCUUCGUUCAGCCAUUGUGAUUGUGGCACACAAAUAUUUUGCUUCCAAAGGCAAACUAAAACCCUGUGUCUUAAAAUGGCGGUGCUGGUAUUCAAAGAAAACCAAACAGAAACAGCACUUUGACAAAACACCGCUUGAAGGACGGCCGACACACAUGUCCGAAAACAGUUUCUUGUUUGAACAAAACAAGCCUCAAUUUGGGCCCUAUUUGUUCAGUGACUAUUUGCAUUAAAAGUGCUGUUGGCCGGAGGUUUUUUUUUUCUCUUUAACAGUAUCAAUUUUAAGACGUUCAAUAAAUUUGUCAGUUUGGCAAAUGCCUUUUUUGACCCUCCUUACCUACCUCGCGUGGGCGGCUGCUGCGUCAACGAACUGCUGGGCCUGUGACAGCCGCAAGCCGCUAUGGCCGAGCCAAGCCCAUGUCUUUUGUAACUUUUUAUAACGACACUAUUAAACACCUACAUAAUCAAAACAACCGAUAACAAUCGCCUAAUUAGGCUCGCACAGCAGAAAUCUUUGCCCCUAAAAUGACUUGACAACAUCUUGACAAUCUUGACGUUUCUCGCGGCGAAUGAUGCUAGAUUGAAAGGAUCUGCAUGAGAGGUGAGCACAUCAGCUUAACUGGGUUAUAAGUUGAGCUCCGAGUUCCUCGUCGGAAGGCUUGUCAUUUACAACUAGUUCUGUGACCUCGCUCACGCAUUCCCUCGCCUGCACCUAACUGUACUUUCCCGUUGACUUAAUGCCGACUUUGGACAGAACCUGAUCUUAGGCAAGUGUAUAUUAUAGUGCCACGAUGGCAGUCGGCUGUUGCAAUUUAAUUAUAUUUUGUGUGUGCGAAGCUGCAUAGAUCGGAACGAAGCGGGCCGCAGUGUCAGCGGGCCGGGCCGGGCCCGCAUGCCGCGCAUUCCUCCCGGCCCGAGCGCGGCCGAGCGGCCCCGAGCGCGCCCGAGCCCGCGCCCGCCGACACUUCACACCGGUGUCUGCGCGAGAGCCGCGAGAACGUCUGUCCGCACACGCGAUCUGUCAACAAACUUUUCCGUAUCGAAAAUAACUGAUUCUUUGACUCCGAGUGCCUAUUUCGUAUAUUGACUAAAACUGUUGUGUGUGUGAACUGUGUGGAGGAUUUAGUUGUUGUUGGAUGCUGAUUCAGUGAAAAAACUGUGAUAUUUAGUUUUGGAUCGCGUGCGACGCUCUCGCCGAGCUGCUGGCGUGUGUGAGUGACUGCCGCCUGCCUACAUCCUACAUGGAAAGUAGCCCUUCAUCUACUUGAUUCACGAAACUCUCGCUGAUGCAGGAUCUCUCAUGGAUGGUUGGGAGGAGGGAGCGACCGUCCCGGUCGGUGUGAGCUAGCGGCUGAAGAUGUUUGAAUCGCUGGUGUCGCGGCUGACGUCGCCGCCGGUGUCGCGGCGCCGGCACACGGUGCACGCGGCGGCGGCGGCGGCGGGGGGCGCGGGGCGGGAGGUGUGCAGCGAGCCCGAGGAGGACGCGGCACCGGCGCAGCGCCGCUCGCGCGCCGCCAAGCAGCUGCUGGACAAGCGGCGCAAGGCGCGGCUGAGCUGCGCGGACCUCACGGCCGCCGAGCCCGAGCGCGCCUCGCGCAUGGACGCCUUCCGCGCCUUCCUGCCGCUCAGACAGUCCAAGUCGCUGGGACGACUCGAUGGACUCAAAGAGGUAAGCAACAUCUCAGACUUCAGCUGUGUGUGGUAAUGUACAUACCUAAUCCUACGUAGGUGUACAGUAUUAAAAUAAAACAAAAUGGCAUGUUAUACUCCGGUUUCCCCCGACCUUAAGAGGAGAUAUCAUUGUUAUGAAACUAUCAGUCGAAUUCUCAUUUCAGAAAGUCUGCAAUUUGAUUUCAAACAAUACCAACAUGAUAGCACGGAUGAGGCUCACAUCACAAUGCUGCAAAAUUAAAUUUCAAUAUUCAAGUUCGAUUUCGUCAUUGCAAUUACAUAUUCAAUACGGAGUGACACGCAUCCUUUAUGCACUUGCGAUGCGAUAUCUGAAGCCGUUUCUCAGAAUAUUCACCACCCACAGCGCCGGCUAGUGCGCUAGCAUAUGGACUUCUGCAAUUCUGCUUUUACGAUUGGGAAUUCUUCUGAUAUUUGGAAUGUUAAGGGUUCGAGUUCCAUGUGUUUAUGGAACUAAUUUGGUGCUAUCUUUGCUGGUAGCUUUGUUUGGUCUCAUUACAGAGCGUAUAGUUCCUGAAGUUAUUUAUUACUAUUUCAAAUUAAACAUUAAAUAAA